GGGCAUUUAGGUGUUUCCUCCCAGGUUUUCCAGCAGUGGGGCUGGUUUUUACUGUGAUAAUCACUGUAAUGACGAAGAGCCGCGUUGCCCCUGGGCUCCACAGCACUUAGAGGAUUGCUUUGUGGCUCUAACCCCAGCUCCAUCCCUGCGACACAAAGAGCUCGCCGCGCUCUGCUGCCUGCAGCAGCCACACGGGAUCGCGUGCAGCCCCAAAGCGACUUACCAGCAGGCAUUAGGCAAGGGUCCGCAGAGCUCACCUUCUGGAACUUAAGCCUUUUUAAUUUUUUUCCAAAUAUUACAACAUCAUUUUUCCACCUGAUGAAGAAAAAAUAAAUCCAGAGCAGGUGGAACCACUCGUGGUUUUUGCUACCUGACCUCAAAUUGAAUGAAGCAAAAGUUUUAUGGCAAUUGUGUGUUUACUUUCGUAACUUCCUAUAGCACAGGAGGCCUCUGACGUUGUUCAGGGACGUGGUAGAUGCUUCAUCUAUGGACAUCUUGAAAAACAGGGCGCCUGCAGCCAGGAGACCAGAUCCUGGAGGUCAAUGGAGAUUCCCUAAUUGGGGUUACCAGCGAGAGGGCCGUGGACAUCCUGAGGACGGCGUCGGCCACCAGCCACAUGCGCCUUCUUAUAGCCCGCGACAAUGAUGCCAGGAGAGAGUUCUCGGAGCUGCUGGAGAAGUUUGGCUCCCAGAGCAACACCGGCUCUGCACGGAGCUCACCGGUCCUGCAUGGCAGCAGUCGAUAUCUGGAAAGCACGUCCUCAGGCUCCUCCUCGCGCUCCCAGAGCCCGCUGCUGCUGAGCCCGGCCAGCUCCCACGGCCCCUUCAUCGGCAACGCAGCGCACACGCCCCACACGCACUACUCCACUGAAUCAGGAAUCCAGAGCAUUUCUAUAGCAAAGUCCUCCGGCUUAGGGCUGACAAUCAGUGGUGGAUCCAACAGACCUGAUGGUCCCAUGGUUUACAUUCAAGAGCUUAUGCCAGAUGGUGACUGUUACAAGGAUGGUCGGCUCCGACCUGGUGACCAACUAAUUGCUAUCAACAGAGAUUCCCUGGUGGGCAGCACACUUGAAGAGGCCAGAAAAAUCAUUACAAAAGCCAAAUUCAGACACGAGGGAAACACAGAAGUGGCCUUUAUUCCUGGACGGGGACGGUUACAUCCUGGACUGUCAGUUCAUAACAACAUCCUGUCACCACCGCCAAAGGCUGUGGGAAAUGGUCUGAGUUCCUGCAGACUGAAGGUCCACGUGAGGUCCCCAGAGAAUAGACAUGAAAAUCAUUUUCCUGUGCCUUCUUUGUCACCAGACAUCUGCCCACCAGAGCUUACUGUCUCAGCACCCACUUCGGCCCCCAGCCAGGGGGUGGCUGCAGGCACCAAGCCCAGAGUAGCGCUGGACCCCCACAUCCGCCUCAAGGACGGCAAGCUGGAGCUGGUUCUGCAGUACCUCGGUUUGGAGGUGACCGAGGAGAAGAAGAGGCAGCUGCGGCAAACUUUGACCACGGACUCGCAGGGGACGGUGGCCUACGGAGAUCUCCUCCAAGCGCUCAGGGACGUGAUGCAGGACGAGCUGGAUGAGGCCGGCCUGGAUUCCAGCUCUGUGCUCUUCACCCAGCAUGAGGUGGCCAGUCUGCUGGACACGUCGGCGUUUCACUCCCCGACCCUCGACUCGCUCAGCUGCAAUGGCAGCGAGGAGCUGGAGCAGCUGCAGCUGGAGAUGACGGACCUGCGGCAAGAAGUCCGACGGCUAAAGUCUCUCCUGAAAGAGGUGGAAAAUGGUAAGAAGUCAAUGGAAGAUGAGCUUCAGCGGCUGAACCAGAAAGCCCUGGGCUUCCUCUCCGAGAACCGAACACUGCACAGCAAGCUGCAGAUGGCUGAGGUUGUGCAGAGACAGGCUCACAGCGCGGAGCAGGACUACGAGGAAGUGAUCCACUUGCUGGAAGCCGAAAUUGCAGAACUGAAGAUGCAGCUGGCAGGGAAGAAAGCAAAACAUGUGGCCGAAAUAGAGGAGGACAUCCUGGAACUGAAGAGACAGUUGUCCCUGGCUGACGGCCAGUUACGGAAAUCAGAAGUCUCACGGAAGCGCCUGGAGAUCUGCAAUAGGAAACUGCUCCUGUUUGUGCAGAACGUUCACAAGGUCUUGAGCACACCCAGUCACUUACCAGAUGAGAAAAGAGUCAACAGUGAAACAGAAGAGGAUAAAACAGACGCAGUCUCAGAUACAUCUCUUCCAUCUUCAGAUCUUGUUGACCUCUUGCUGUUAGAAGCUAAAGAACUGCUAGCACCAAUCCUCUCCAACAAGGACGCUUCGCCAUGUGACAGGGACCAGUGCCUGCCUGCUGAAGGAAUCCCAAAUUACAAGGACCAUCUUCAUCAGAAGACCACGUGGCCCCCCCCUCCGAGCCAGAACAAGGCUGACCAGCCGCAGUCACUGAGUCCCACCAAGGAGCUGCCUGAGAAGCCAACAUAAAUCUCCCGUGACCUGCUCGUGCUCAGAACUGCGACCGCUCGUAACGCGGCUGCUGCGCUGGGACAUGGCAAGGACACGAAAUGGGUGCUUCAGCUUCCGGGCAAACCAGAGAGAGAAACAAGCUUUCUAACGCAAGACUGAUUCUUCCUGACUAACCGCCCAAGACUUUCUCAGCAUCCUCCCCUGCGCGUCUACCUCUGAGCUAUUGUACAAGGCUAUUUGCUCUUGGUUUUGCAGCUUUAUAGAAAAAAAAAUAUUCUCAAGAGGUUACACAGGCCUGGAUUUCACUGGCAGCCUUUUAGAGCUUGGAUCCUGGGUAGUAAGAGGAGCAUGGACUUACCCAAGGGACUCAGAUUCCUUUUGGUAUUUCAUGUGAAAAACCAAAGUACAUUUAGCGACUGUAAUCAAAGCAGCUUAAUCUGUAGUGUCCUAGCUGUCUUGGGAUAGGUACUUCUCUUUUCAUUCUUUUUGUAUAGCUUGUCCCAGCUGCAAUGCUUGAAAUGGAAAGCACCGUCCCAGCUCGCUGAUGGAGACGGCUGCGUGCUACCGGUGCCCACGUUCUGCUGAACAGCAAGCGCUCCCUGCAGCGCCGGAGAGGACAUAGCGAACGUACUUCAGUAAUGGCCCGCGGCAUCACUCGGAAAUUAGAUACGUACGAUGCAAGCUUGUCUGUGGUUAGCAAAGAAUGCGGUAGAGAUCUGAAGCAAACACAAGGUCUGGAAAAUAAAAUAACACUGCUCACAAGGUGUUGGCUUUCCGAGCUGGGUUCUGAUUGCAGUCACUGUGUCCAGUGCCUCUGAGCAGAAUACCCAUUUCUAACUCCCUCUUAUUCUGGCAGCUCACAGCAAAGUGCGUUUAGAAGUUGCAGGAGAAUGGGAUGCAUUCUAGCUCUUACAACUCAUUACAAUUACUUCAGCUUUCCUAUGUGGGAGUUCAAGGCAUGUGGGUCCUUUAUAGCCUAAAUAGUUAAUAUCUACUACACUCUUAUCACUGCACUGCUAAAACAUUAACUGUGUGAUGGAAUCUCACAGUCACAUAACUAACUAGUCUGAAUUUUUGGUCAAAUUUAAUAUAAUA